AUGGAGAAAGACAUCGGCAACGGCGAACUGCAAGCACUAGAGGAGAAGGCUGGAAUCCCAGAAUGCAGUACAAAAACAAAGGCUUCUCCAGCAUUCGAGGAGGUCCUGGACGCCAUUGGGUCCCGGGGGAAGUUCCAGACGAGGCUGAACAUCGUCUUCGUUUGCUUUGCCUCAUGCUUCGACCUGAUGAGCGUCAACAUGUUCUACCUGGCUAUGCAGACUCCUGAUCACUGGUGCUACGUCCCUGGCAGGGAGCUUUCCAACCUUUCAGUUGAGCAGUGGAAGAACCUCACCAUACCGAGGUUUGUACUGCGGGUUGGGGGAGCAUACACACGGCCAGAACCACAAACAUCUGGUAAAGACUCACAUUUGUUCCACCAGUGCAACGUGGGCUGGACUGUUCACACAAAAGGUGCAAAUAAGUGCGUGCAUGACAUCUAG